AUGGCCUGUGUGCUCCCGGGACAGGAGCCAGUCAGCGCCUGCGGGGGGCGGGCGCCGAGUGCCUUCAGAGACCCCUACGGCCCCCAAAGCACAGGGGCCGGGGGCGCUGAGGGGGCGGCCCAGCCUCUGCAUCCUGUCCGCGAUUCCCGGCAGGAAUUGCACAAUGACGCCAGCAUCCUCUCCACCUUUGCUGCCCCCGAUCCACCCGGGAGACGGAAGUGUCGGAGCCGGGGGGUCACCCACCGGCCCCCCCACACAGAGUGGGCACCCAUGUAUGUGCCCCCCGCACCCCGUGCUCCACCAGCCGUGCCUGGUCCCCUCGUCCCUCAGACCCGCACUCCCAGGCUGCACAUUCUGGGUCCUACAGGGUUCCUCAUUCAGAAGCCACGGCAGUUGGCCACCCAGAUUGGUUCUCCCCACCCAUUCCGGUUUCUCAGGGCUCUGAGCGUCUGGGUCUGGGUCAGCCAGACAUCAUCCGGGGCGAGCGUCUGUUCCCAUCGGGACCCCUGUGCAGACCAUGGGCUCCCAGCCUCAGUCUCGCCUGCCAGCUUCCAUCGGGGCCUCCCCCCGGCCCUGGGAACUGGCCACACGGCCAUCAGCCUCCCCCGUCUCUCCCCGGGGUGCCGUGUCUCUGAGGCUGUGGACCCCGUCCCCCUGCAGUGCCCCCAUGUCCACCCACCCCAGGGGUCCCAGGGGCAUGCCUCAGAUGCCCAGGUCUUUGGCCGCUGCCCACUCGUUGGUAAAAACCCAAAUGUCAGGACUUUCCCUACCAUCCGGACCUUCCCCCUCCCGCCCCGCUUCGAGGACAGCAGGCGCCAGCCGGCUCGAUGCCAGGCUGAGCUGCCUACGGCUCAGCCAGAGCCGGGCCGUCCAGACACGAUGUGGCUGCCGUCCGCACACCGAGCCGCUCUCGGUCGGCCAGGGGAAGGCUGCGAGUCGGACCGAGCCCGAGGAACACCACAGCCAGCAGCCCCUCCCAAGUUCAACAGACGCUGCAACCACGAGGAGGGCGCCUGCUGGGGAACGGUUAGCACCAGGACGUCCACGGAGCACUUGCUCGUGGCAAAGGAGAGCUAUGACUUCACAGUGGCCACAGCUGCUGUCCCCCGUGUGACGGGCAGGCCCGUGCUUCCUGGGAAGGGACAGCAAGAGCCCCACGCCUCAUCUGUGUCAGGCUCCCUCCAGGGCGGGCGAGUUGCCCUCUGA